AUGAAUAAAAGUUAUUUUAAUGAAAGUCUUUUACAAGACACAAAUGAUAAUAAAACACAAACGGAUGAUUAUCCAGAAUUUUUAUUACCUAAACCUAUUCGUUUUUGGUUACUUAUGAUUUUUGAAGUUCCAUCUUUGGCUUGUUCAUUAGUACUUCUUUAUUAUUUAUUUAUUGAUCGUAAUUUACGACAAUCAUUAAGCAAUCAUGUUAUUAUGGUUCUACUUAUUAUUGGUCUUUUUUCUCAAUUAAUUGAUAUACCAUUUUAUCUUAAUUAUUUACGUAUAAAUUAUGUUUGGCCACCAAUAACAAUCAGUUGUCUUACGUGGUGGUUUGCAGCAACAGGUAUUUCUAAUUUAACAAAUAUUGUUAUGGCAUGGGCAUCCAUUGAACGACAUAUUUUAGUAUUUCAUGAUCAAUGGUUAUAA